AUGCCGUUUCAAGACUAUUUCCAGAAGAAAAAGGCUGCUUUCACCAACAGAAACAAUAAAAAUAGCGCAGAUGCAUCGACACUGCGAAGCAUUGCUGGCAGUGUGGAGGCCGCCGCCGCAGCUGCUGCAGCAGCAGCAGCCAAAGAUAAGAACUACAUAUUCCCACUAACCAAACUCCCCGAUGAGCUCAUGCACGAGGUGUUCUCGCAUUUGCCGCAACCAGACCGUUUGCAGCUCUGCCUCAUAAACAAAAGGUUUAACAAGAUUGCUACCAAACUGCUCUAUAGAAGAAUCUACUUGAACGACUCCAACGUGGUGAAGAGUGACUUCAUGCACCUGGCCAUCAACUGGACCCUGUUGAACUUGCCGUCUUCGUUGAAGGAGGAAGAGUCCCGUAACAUCGCUAACUACAAACUGGAGAAGCUUAUAAAAACCCUGCAAAAUAAUAUUCGCAUCACACAGACCGUCCAGUGGAUAAGAAUCAACUGGGAUUUGGACUCUGUGCUCCAAAGAUCCAUUCUGAACAUCCUCUGCAACGAGGGCAAGUCUUUGCAAAGACUGGAAAAUGUCACCGACCCGAGUUGUAACGACAUCAUCUCCAAUGGCCACUUCUCCAAGUUUAACGUCUCGAGUUUCGACAUGGCUCCGCCAAACUCAUUGCCGGAAAUGUCCGUGCCCGACAAUUACAUCCCGAACCUCACCAAAUAUCUGUCCCAACGAAUCUCAUCCCGCCUGUCUCACAUGACUCUUUUCAUCGACCCCUUAAAACUGUUCAACUACCUUUACCCACUAGACAUCAAGUUGCAAAUCGUCGACUUGAAGUUGCACUGGAGGAGGGAGUUUUACAACAAUGACUACUUCGUUAGCAAGGUACGACCCGGUAAUCCCUUGACUAAACUAUCUGAAGUGUUUGACAAGAGAACUUUGAAGAUCCUCACCAUCAUCUCAUGGAAUGACACUCUUUUGAAGCGGGAGACCGAAAUGCUCAAGGAUUUCAAAGAAUUUGAACAGUUGGAAGACCUGUCUUUGAUUUCCAUCAAGCAGGACGUUCACAUUCUCGUAGAUCUUUUCAGCUCGUUGACCAAUUUGAAAAGACUCAAAAUGGAUUUCUUAGUGGAUUUUAUAGCCGAGCCUACGAGUCCUCACAUCUUCUUGUCUAUCCUUCUGGCCUGCUCCAAAUUGCAAUUCAUAGAUUUGCGGUACGACGGACUUAUUCCUCAAAUCGUCAAUAUCCAAGAAAACAAGUUCCAAUUGAACCAGCAAUGCAAUUGCACAAACUGUCAAAUAGUGUUCAGUGACAUUCUCAAGGGCAAAGUGUUCAUGUUCCCGGAGGACUACUAUAUUCACGAUAUCCACGAUAUUGCAGCAAAGGAUAUUUUCAAAAUGAUGAAAUAUUUGUCUUUAUUACCGUACUCAAAGGCUUGUGAUGCUUACCCGAGCGUGAGAACCCAACCAAUGAACUUGGCCAAUUUUGUCAACAAGAUGAACUUGAAUCUUUUGAAAUACAGAAACUCCAAAUCGCAGCUAGUACCUAAGAUUGUUAAUAAUCCAUACCACCACUCUACGGUGACUUCCGCUACCACUGCCCGCAUGAGCGAGCCUGAAAUGGUAGUCAUCGAUGACGAUUAUGAUGAAGAUGACAUUAAUAUGGAUCUGCCUCAGGAUAGUGAUGACACUGCUACCACCAUUUCCGAUGACUUAGAACUCCCACACGAUUCCUUGACCAAAAGAGAUAUCAUUAUGUGCUACCACGCCCUAAUUCAUCAUUUCAAAUCGAUAUAUAUCACUUUUUUGAAGAGCUUUCCUCAAUUAAGAUUCCUCAUGUUGAAUGAUAUCCCGACAAUAGUCAUGGAGGAGGAUAACGAACGUAUUUUUGAGCCCGUCUUUUAUCACUAUGAUUAUAAGAGUAAUUUACAUGGAUGGUCUAAGGAAUCCAACAAGAAUUUGGAAAACGAUGGCAACAAUAAUAAUAAUAAUAAUAAUUCCGAUACCAUUGCAAGAAUAGCCACUGUCAUGUAA